AUGUGCAUAUCUAAUGAAACAGCAAUCAAAGUCGCCAAGGCGUUCAAACAAUUUUAUCAUAAAUUUGGUAUUGGACACAUUGUCCUCCUUAUCGGCUACAUCAUUUUCCUGUUGUUUGCUGCUGGCAUAUUCAUGAUUCUCGAAACUGUCAAUGUUAAUAGAUUAAGAAAACACUGGCUGGAUGCACUUGCAGAGCACAGAAAAAGCUUUAUUGUUUAUGACAUGGUACCACAAAUAUUCAACAACACGAAGUUGUUGGUAUUCAUACAUGAUGAUAAAUCACCAUAUUUGAUGAAAACACUCAAUGAAAUAUUGAAGAAAUACGAAGACACGCUCAAAAUACGUUCGCCAAAACCCAUGCUCCCAUGCAACUACAUUAAUUCUCUCAUCUUUAUAUGGUCUACAGUAACUACAAUUGGUAACGUUCACAUCUAUCCAACCACUGAAGGUGGUCGGUAUUUCUCAAUGAUAUGUGCGAUGAUUGGCAUACCAUUCACAUUCAUGGUUAUCAAAGACCUUUCUUAUCUUAUUGCAGUUUUAUUCCGCUACCCAUGUGCUUGCUUUGUUUAUUGCUGGCAUAUAUUUCGCUACUGUACAUUGCAAUCAGUAGAUGAAAAUGAGCUUAUUCAACAGAUACACGGUAUAAACGCAGCGCGUUAUUCUGAUUACAGUCGCGCUUAUUGGGUGCCGGGUCGAAUGUACAUGCCGAUGACAACAAAAGUAUCAUCUCCAAUAAAUUAUGAAACUGAAAGCUUUGACAGUUCAAACAAUUUAAACUUCAUAUCAGAUUGCCCACUAAAUCAUUAUGUUACUUUGGGAGUUCUACAAUCUGAGAAAGAAAAUGCAUAUGUCGAUGUGAACACACAAACAGAAAGCAGUAACAGAGAAUAUGUUCCUCAAUGUAUUCAAAUACAGACUCCAGAAGCACUACUUAUUGAUAAGCCUAACACCUCACGAGAUGACGUCAACGAUCUAAUUGUUGAAACAUAUGGUGCUCGACCAGCAAGAAUUAUUUCUUCCUGCAUAAAAUUUCAUUAA